CAGGAUGGUGUUAUAUCAGUGAAGGAUAUCGACCUGGUGAUGUCAGAGGGACUGGGAAUGCGUUACGCCUUUAUAGGUCCCAUGGAAACGAUGCAUCUGAACGCCCCUGAAGGUUUAGAAGACUACAUGAGACGAUACGGGGAGGGGAUAACCAGGGUCCUGAAUUCCUUCGGGCCGGUACCCGACUUCUUCGGGGAGCCAGCCAAGGCCAUCGUCAAGGAGAUGUGUGAGCUGAUUCCCAGUGACCAACAGCAUCUUUCUGGCAGGAAGGAGAGGAGGGACAUGCUCCUCAUGCAUCUGUCCAAACUGAAGACCGACCACUGAGCUUCAAAUGCCCAGGCCAGAGCUAAGGCCACCCAAGGCAGAUGGUCAAGAUGAAAUUCCUGAGAAGCUCUGGAAUCUUUAAAAAAAAAAAAUGAUACUAAAAUAAUAAGAUAUCUGAGCAUUUUAAAUAAUUUACUCCAGUCACUCAUGGAGAUAAUCAUUUUCUUCACAAUAAGAAUCAGGGAUUUUUUUUUCUGUUUUCUCAAAUCUGCUUUAUAUUUUUUUUAACCUGUGUGGCAAACAAAUCUCUCUUCUUCUGACUUGUCCCACUACAUGUGAAGAAAAAUCAGAUGCUGAGAAAAAAUGUUUUGAUUAAUAAAACUAUUAAAUACGA